AUGAAAGGAGGUAAAUCAAAGACUGAAACCAGGAGCUCUAAGCUCUCUGUGACGAAGAAGCCUGCUAAGGGAGCAGGCCGUAGCAAAGCCGCUGCUGCUGCUAAGGAUCCAAACAAGCCAAAGAGACCAGCCAGUGCCUUCUUCGUUUUCAUGGAAGAUUUCCGUGAGACUUUUAAGAAAGAAAAUCCCAAGAACAAAUCUGUUGCCACUGUUGGGAAAGCUGGUGGUGAAAAGUGGAAAUCACUGACGGAUGCUGAGAAGGCUCCCUACGUUGCUAAGGCUGACAAGCGCAAGGUUGAUUAUGAGAAGAACAUGAAAGCCUACAACAAGAAACUGGAGGNAGGUCCAAAGGAAGAUGAAGAAUCCGACAAGUCUGUGUCAGAGGUUAACGAUGAAGAUGACGCAGAGGAUGGUAGUGAAGAGGAGGAAGACGAUGACUAA